CAUCGUGAAACAGAUCGAGCAAUAAGCUCUGUCGUUUGAUUGCUCAACUAGUUUUGCACAAAUAUCUCGUGGCCCAGAAAGCUCAUAUGAUUUCUAACUUUCUCGUUAUAUCUCAAAUUAUCAUCGUCUGAGUAGCUGGAUUUUGAUGACAUGGUUUUUUGGUCACACAUUUUUGAGUUGUAACGUGUUUUACUCGGCACAAAUACAAAAGAGAAAAGAACUGAGCGAAACAGUGGUAAAAUUGCACCUGAUUUAUCAACGAAGCCCAUUUUUUAGCAGUAGUUACUUUACAUCGCAUUAUCUUUCAUGACGCAAAUCUUCAAUUGCCGGUUUAAAUGGACCAGUUAGAGAGAUUGUCCCUCUAUCUCAUUUCACAGAAGUGUGCCGACAACUACUUCAUAAAGCACAAUUUCUUAGACGUCGAUUGUGGUAAAGAACUUGUGAGCAAGUGUCUCGGAUACCUAAUUGUAGUCGCAUCAUGUGUCGUCAAGUUUCCACAGAUCCUCAAGAUUCUCAGUGCCGGCAAUGCUCAAGGAGUCAGUUUCUUCAGCCAAUUCUUGGACAUAGUAGCUUGCACAGCUAACUUCUCCUAUUGCUUCAUUGCAGAAUAUCCCUUCAGUGCUUAUGGCGACGCAUUUUUCAACAUUCUCCAAACGCUAGCCAUUGCACAUCUAUGUAUACAUUAUGCCAAUAAAUCAAUGCUUGCUCUACUUUUCUCAGUCUUAUGUUUAUUAACAGUCGCAUUUUUGUGCUCGGGGGCUGUGCCUCUGAGCACGCUAAAAAUUGUGAACGGACUGAAUAUUUUCGUGGUCAUAACAGCUAGAGGAUGGCAAAUAGUAACGAAUCUCCGCAACCAGAGUACAGGUCAAUUGUCUUUGAUCACGAUGUUCCUCCUGUUCGCCGGAUGUGUUGCGAGAGUGUUCACGUCUAUUCAGGAGACGAAUGACCCUCAGCUGGUGUUCUCAUACAGUUUAGGAGCAGCAUUGAACGGACUCAUAUGUCUUCAGAUCGGCUGGUAUUCGAGAAGAGUGAAGACGGACUAAAAGUGAAAGAUAGAGAGGUCAAAUUGUAUAUUGGACAAAAAAUGGUAAUGUUUUGAUAGCAGAGGUAAAUGACUGGGAUCUCUUCAACUAUCCCCUUUCGUUACUAGGUACAAAGUUCACAUGUACUUAA